UUGGUCGAAGAAAACAUCGGCGUUAAUCAAGAUCGCGAAAAUUAAACCACUGUUCGCGGAUUCUAACAGAUCGUGUGGAACUGUCAUCAGCAGAUUGUUCAGGAAGUUUAUUUUUUUAAAUAUGGCAUUUCCCAUUGGUUCAGCCAACAGUUAUCUGCAGCUUUUGCGGAAACCGAACUUCCACAAACUCCACCACCUACGUUAUGCGGACGGCGAGCCAACCGUCGUGGCGCCCAGUGGCGCCCCUCAAGAGACGGGAAUGGAGAAUGUGUUGGAGAGCAUCGGUCUCUCGGGCAUGCACCCCACCCAGCCCAAAUGGCUGGCGUUGGAUAAGACGAUCCUGCACUUUUUCGCUUAUCUUUACGAGGGGCCUGUGGAAAGCCGCAGUGAAGAGUGCAUGCGGAUUCGCUACUGCGACAUCUAUUAUUAUAUGGAAGACGAUACGGUUAUGAUCAUGGAGAAGCUGGAUGAUCGUGCGGGAACCUACAACGGUAAAUUGCUCAAUAGACAGCGUGUUCCCAAAUCCAGCAAUCCCCACGCCCACAUCAGCGUGUACGAUUUCAACGUGGGCAAACCAGUGGAGAUUUUCUCGCGGCAUUAUUUCGUCUACAAAUGCGAUGAGUUCACGCGCGCUACCUUGACGCAUAUGGGCUUUGAAGUACCGGAAGAUUUCCAAGCACCCUUCAGCCAACAUCUGCUGGAUUCUGCAGCGGAAAAGCAUCUAAACCACCGCUUACGCCGCCACAUUAGCCACCACCACACCGCGGAGCGUUUCCGGAAUUUCGACACGAAAGUCCUGCGGUUUUACGGAUACUGGGACGAUCGGGCGAGUUUAUUCGGCGACCGACACUACCUCGUCAUUCAUCAUCACCUCGGCGAUCAAACCACGGAAGUACUGCGUAAAGUUAACGGGGCGUUGGGCAAAGAAAAACUGGAGCCGUUUGUGCGACGUAGCCGUAUACCAAAGAAUUUUGCGGAAUACGAGACAGCCAACAUGUCCAAUCCGUGGCCGGUGCUGAACAUUGUCAGCUCGCACGGAAAACAGUCUAGCGAAUCCCAUCUGAUCUAUGACCAAGCGCAAUUUGCUGCAUUACCGGCGCUUGUAACAGAUCGUGACUUCCAGUGCGGCUCAAAUAUCGUGCUCAUGGCACGCCUGAUUUAUCUCUACGACUGCGAUAACUACACGAAGUGGUACUACAAGGAAACGUACGGUUACGAACAGAAACCGGUCCCCAUCGAGCCGCCAGCGCCACCACCCACAAAACCCGCUGCCGUAAAGCCACCUCCAUUCAACGGCUACGGGACGGAAGAAGAUUCCCUGCGUAACUGUCAGCUGCUCAUUCCCAAGCCGCCGAUGCUGGAUGUCCGGAAAUAUCUCCUGCUGGAAUGGCACGAGGAAGACCCCACCGUGUUGGUAUUUACGCUGCGUCUGCUGCAUGAGAAUAAACGUGACGCGGGUCGGACGUUUGUCAUGUCGUUCUACCUAAAUAACGACAACAUUUAUAUCUACGAAAAGGACGCUCCACAAGGAGUCUCGGUUGGGAGUUUCCACAGCCGCAAGACUGUAAAGAAAGGCAACGAUCCGCUGCUCGACGCACCGCAGUAUCUGAAAGCCGAGGAUCUGUACAUCGGCGGCAUGUACAGUUUCAGUGGGCAGACGUUUAUUGUGACGGCCGUCGACGAAGCCACCGCCGCGUACAUGGAGAAAUACCCACAACGUUUUCCAUAUGCUGACGGGAGUCUGGUGUUGGAGAAAUUCACGCGCGCCAUGGUGGCCAGCGGUGAUAAAGGGAUUUUCGAACGUUUACGGAACAAUUUGAAGACCAACUCUGAUGUGAUGAACUGGAACGAUUUCCUUGAUGUGCUUAUGUCAACCGUCGGGAACGCCCUGAACCCGCACGAAUACUUCACGCUAGCGCGCCGCUACCAGCGUCACACGGAGGCCAGCCGCACAAAAAUGGCGCAGCUGCUGCGCGCCAUCAUCCAGCAUCAUCUGCGGAAGACGGGAUGGGAUCCGACGCUGCAUCUCCUACAAGCGUGUAUCCGUGCUGAUUACACCGAGACCGGGUUCUUGUCGUUAACGGAGAUGCUGCGCUGUAUCAAGGGCGCUCGGAUGCCCGGGAAUACCGCGGUAUGUGCUACGUAUCUCGAUCUGACAACGGAUGCUGCGGGUGUGGAUUAUCGGCGGGUGGUCAGUGCGCUGGAUUGGAUGCGGCAUCCCGUGGCCGAGUUUAUCGAUUUACCACAAAAUAUUGGAAAGGAUUUCGAUUAUAAUAAGUAUUUCGGAGAUGUGGUGCCGGUGGUACGGCAUGAAGCGUUUCUGGAGGAUGUCCGGCCAAUUUACGAAAAUCUUACAUGGCCAAAAUGAUCCGAUUGACCUUUGCGGUGAUAUGCCACAUAAUUUAUCGCGUUUAGUUUGAUGUUGUCGAGUAUUUGGAAAAAAGUCUUAAAAAGCGUUAUUUAUUUUUGCGUAGUUGGGACCGAAUGCGUUGUAACGAAACCAGCACUGUGUUGCUGUUAGAAUUUUGUUCUUUUGGAGAGAAACAAUUCUUUCCGAUAUUGUUUUGCAUAUACUGCAAUUUGCUUGUGCAGGGUUUUAUAGUCGCCCGAUUCUGAGUCGCUGCCAGCUGAAACCUAAAA